AGGAGCGCCACCCCGGGGCGUGCCGCGGGUGCGAGCGAGGUGGCGUGCUGCUGCCUGGUGCCGCGCGAGGCGGCGGGCCUCGUGAUCGGCCCCGGCGGCUCCGGGCUGCGGCAGAUCUACCGGGAGACCAGCGCCCACGUGACCGUCUCCGGGGAGGGGGACACGCCCGCGGCGCUGACGGACCGCGUGGUCACGAUCUCGGGGGGCGCCGACCAGAAGGCGGCCGCCUGCCGGGAGAUCGUGCGCAUCGUCCACCGGUCCCAGGACGUCCCCGAGGGCGCUGAGGGCGUCUUCGUCGCGUUGGUGCCGGCUCCCUCGGCGGGGUUUGUCGUGGGGCCCCAGGGCGCCACCGUCUCCGCCCUGGUGGAGACCUCGGGGGCCGAGGUCAGCGUCAGCCGCGUCGCCAUCGCGGGCACGGAGCUGCUGCCCGUCAGCAUCACGGGCGGGCUCGAGCAGACGGCGGCCGCCGCGGCGGGCCUCACCUCGCUGCUGCAGGACCUGGCCGACCGGGGCCGGCUCCACGGCGAGCCUUGGCUGCAGGCCAGGCCCCGGCCCGUGCGCAGCCGCGCCAGCUCGGCCUCCGCGGCCUCCGCGGACCGCGGCGCCGGCGAGGGCCGCGGCGGCGGCGGCGUCGGGGCAUGCGAUGGCCUGGUCAGGGCAGCUCCAGGGGGGGCCGGCCGAGGCUCGGCCGGCGGCAUCGUUUUGGGUGGUUCCAAGAUGGGCCCCAGGAGCCCGGCGCCGCGCCCCGGGGCGCGCGCCGCCGGGGCCCUCGCCGGGGCCGCGCUGCUGGCGCCGGGCGCGGAGGGCCGCGGCGCCGCGGCGGCGCCCGGGGCGCUCGCUCGGGGCGCCGGGCGGCGGCACGAGGAGCGGCACGAGCGAAGCGCUUUGUGUGAAGAAGUCACGACAGGGAUGUUUUCACAGCGCGAGGAGGUCUGGGUUGUCUCGCGCAGGACCCGUGCUGGAUCCUCGCGCCUCGGGGGUCUCCGGGCCGAGGCGCAGGCGGGGCCGCUGCUGGCGAGCCCCGAGGCCCCGCGGCAGGAGGAGGCGGCCUGCUGCUUCCUCGUCGACGUGCCCGUCGCCGCCUGGAUCGUGGGCCGCGGGGGCAGAGGCGUCGAGGCGCUCCGCGCCGCCAGCGGCGCGGCCGUCGAGGUGGAGCGCUCCGGCGGCAGGCUGCGGUCCGUGACGCUGCGUGGCCCGGCCGGGGCGCGGGAGAGGGCGGCGGCGCUGCUGCUCGAGGCCGCGGCGAAGCUCCCCGCGGGCGCGCCGGACGUGACACGGGUGCUGGUGCCCGCGGCCGUGGCCGGCUGCUCCGCCGGCCUCGCGGCCGUCCGGGACCUCGUGCUGGAGGUAGGGCAGGCGCCUGGCUUGGGCGUCGAGCUGACGGACCCCGGCCCCGAGGGCGAGAGGCUCGUCUGCCUCUCCGGCGGCAGCCUCGCGGCCACGUCGCGCGCGGCGCAGCUGCUCGCCGCGCGGCUGCCCGAGGCCCCCGCGCGCCCCCCCGGCGGCGCGGCGCCCGCGGAGGCGCAGCGACCUGGCUACCGCCGGGUACCUCGUAGUUGUUGUAGAGACCUGGUCCCUCCGGAGACGUGGGACCUCUACAACAAGGUUUACCCCGAGAUGUCUAGAGCCCCCUCGAGAGUGGUCUACCAGAUCUCAGCGGGGAUGGCGAGCUGCUCGACUAAAGGCGUCGACGAUCCAAAGGUCUGCAAGGUCGAGAUGGGCACCGGCAUGCAGGAACGCAAUCGAAUCUGGGUUAGCUACACGAAGCCGAGCGACGACAUGGAGAACCUGGACAUGGACGAGGCAGUGACCAAGGUGACCGAGAUGUCCCGCGACCAGCAGGGGCCAGCAAGCAUCUACGUAGACAUGCGGGCCUACGCGGCCCAGUUCAUCGAGGUGGCCAACCAGUUCGCCCAGGACAUGGGCCGCAAAGCUGCGCAGCGCCAGGGCGGGCGAAAGCUCGAGCGCCGCCAGGCAGCGGCUGGCCGCUGGAAGCACACUGUGGAGUCGGGGAUCCUAAACCAACAUCGCGCCCCUCGGUCCGUGGACGCCGACCAGUCAUAA